UGCAUCCAUGGCAACCGGGCAGCCAAUCUGCCAAGUCCAAUAGGAAAUCAUCAGAGGGGGCUUGACUGUCUUUUUCUCCCCCCUUUAAAAAAUACAUCUCGCUCCGGCUUUAAUUCUUCGUACUUUCAAUCCAAGCCUACCUUGAAAAAUACAUCGCGUCUCCGGCUUUAGUUUCCGCACACUUUCAGCCCUUUGCCUGCCAAGUUAACCCAGCCUGAGGAUGCGGUAGCUGGCCCCAGCUCAGCAUCGGUCCUCCUCCGCGUCGUUUGGCGUUUGCAUUUUUCAGACGCUGCUCAGACGAUUGGUUCGGUAACUUUGGGAUUGUCUUGUCUUUGGGGGUCUUGGAGAGCCUCGGCGCACUGAGAGAAGCGGCGGAGGAGUCGACGCGGAGGAGAGAGAGCAGGAGAGGAGAAAGGAGGGGGAGAGGGAAACACAGGAGAAGCCUCCAUGUUUCAGCUGCCCAUCUUGAAUUUCAGCCCCCAGCAGGUCGCCGGGGUCUGCGAGACUCUGGAGGAGAGCGGAGACGUGGAGCGCCUGGGCCGCUUCCUGUGGUCGCUGCCCGUCGCGCCGGCGGCCUGUGAGGUCCUCAACAAAAACGAAUCAGUGCUGAGGGCCCGGGCCGUCGUCGCUUUCCACACCGGCAAUUUCCGCGAACUUUACCACAUCUUGGAGAACCACAAGUUCACCAAAGAGUCGCACACGAAGCUGCAGGCGCUGUGGCUCGAAGCGCACUACCAGGAGGCGGAGAAGCUGAGGGGACGCCCGCUGGGGCCGGUGGACAAAUACCGGGUGAGGAAGAAGUUCCCCCUACCUAGAACCAUAUGGGACGGAGAGCAGAAAACCCACUGCUUCAAGGAGAGAACCCGGCACUUGUUACGAGAAUGGUAUUUGCAGGAUCCCUACCCGAAUCCCAGUAAAAAGAGGGAGCUUGCACAGGCGACAGGACUCACACCCACACAAGUAGGAAACUGGUUCAAAAACCGCAGACAAAGAGACAGAGCGGCGGCCGCAAAGAACAGGCUCCAGCAGCAGGUCCUUUCCGGGGGGUCGGUUCGCUCCCUGGCGGACGAGGACGGCACCGUGGACCGACUGGGCAACUCGUCCAGCCCGGAGGCCAGUCUGUCCAGCAAAGCAGCCGCUUCCGCCAUCUCCAUCACCUCCAGCGACAGUGAAUGUGACAUCUGACGGCCACAGCGAGGGUGUCGAUGAAUUACACGGGGAUGCGACUGAGAGACAAUCUAAUAAAACAAGUCAUAGUGCCUGCGUUGAGUAACAAAACACCAUACAAACACACACUCACACAUAAACUGAUAUUUGACGGGUGCCAAAUCUGUGAUCUGCGGAAUUUCUAGGCCUAUAUUUUUGUUUGCGUUUUACCCACAUGUGGAUAACAGAACUUAACACGGACUGCACAUAAUUGACGGACUAAUACAUCAACAACCCGAGCUGAAAAGUAAAGGGAAAAAAGAACAUUUACAAAAAAUGUGGGGGAUGGGAUUGAAGCAUCCGAGCGCCUAACCUGCUGUUCUC